AUGGAGACACCUAAAACGGCAUCUGGUCGGUGGCUGCUGGAUAGUGGCUUCCUAGAAGAUUCCUCGCACGUGUUAACUUCGUUGUCGCAACACCAGCCAGAUGCGUCGCAGGCGAUUCCGUCGUCGCAUGCCAGCGGUUGCAAUGUCGCUCACGCCUCGUCCUCCGUCCAGCAGUGCAUGAACGAUCCAGCAGGCGACGUUUCCGCAAAAGAGAUUUCACACAUCCCUGCUCCAGGCGAUCAGUGCGACUUAUGCGAAGCCGGCGACAUUCGCGAGCUGUGCGACGCCGUUCUCCCACCGGCGACAGCAGGGUGUGAGGGUACAGCGACAGGAGCGGAAUCCGAGCAGAGAGUGGGUGAUGGGGAUAGGUGGGGAGAAUGCGGUGAGGCGGAAGAAGCGCGCGCACAGCGGGGGAGGAACCCCACCCCCGAGGCGGUCGACGUUGCAGCAGGAAUGAGCCCCGGCGAAGUCUUUGCGCGGACUCUGAAGCUAGAGGCGGAAGAAGCGUGCGCGCAGCGGCGGCGGAGCCCCACCCCCGAGGGAGUCUCCGCGCGGACUCCGAAGCUAGAGGCGGAAGAAGCGUGCCCGCAGCGGAGGCGGAGCCCCACCCCCGAGGCGAUCGAUAUGAUGAGCCUGCUGCAGGGGCUCAGCGACGGGGAGGAGGAGGCGGAGGAGGGAGCGGAGGCGGACGGGGAGGGGGAGGAAGACGCUGAGGGUGGAAGAGAAGCGGAGGGGGAGAGGGAGGAGGCGGGAGAAGAGGCGGAUGGGGAGGAGGGUGAGGGGGAAGAACGCGACAGGCAAGGGGGUGAGGUGGGAGAGGAAACAGACGGGGAGGAGGGUGAGGCGGGCGGAGUGGUGGACUGGCAGGGGGAUGGCGAAAAGGAGGGGGAAGAGCGAGCAGCCGUGCGGCAGCAGCAGGGGCAUGGAGGGAGUGAAGCAGACCAGUCCCACUUGCCGCCCCUGCUGUUGUUAUCCAUGCUAAACGCGUCUCGUCAUUCGUUUGAUGCAGCUUGA